UCUAAUGCAUUGUAGCUGUGGAUAAAUGGACCGUUCUAACACGCACUAAAUAGUCUGAUAACUGCUCUCCGUCGUUGCUGAUAUUACCAUCCAAGGCCGGCGCAAUAAUAAAGCGUCAUUUCUGAUUCUCGGAUUGGUCACCAAGCUUGAUGUAUGUCUACCGAUAUAGGGGAUUAUGUGCAUUGACAAAGGCAACUUGAAGGACGCAGUGUGACCGGACGACGGUUGUAUCUCAUGGAACAAUAUUCUCAGCUUAAAGAACAGUUUUGGACCUAGAGAAACCCGGGAUAUAACAAGCAUUAAGUGCCUUCAUGUUAGACUUCUCGUAUAUAAUAUGAUGUGAUUUACAUAUCUCGGAGGGGUAAUUUUGAAAGAGAUCACGAAGACUGCGUAACAUUAAGGGGUUGCAUAAUACCUGCAUGGAGGCAUUUUCAACUUUCUCAAAACACAAGAACUAAAUCAUCAUGGCGACUUCUCUCGGGCGUUUUUCUGAGCUGUACCAGAUGUACCAGGCGGCCAGAGGGGAGAAUAUCACGGCAAGAUCAGCAUGCGACCGUUUGGUGAAACAAGAUGUGUUUUACUACUGGGUGAUGCUCCCGUCGGUGGGGAUUAUCCUCUCACUGAUGUUCUUCGUAAGAAGAGUUAACCUGUUCCCAAGGUGCAUAGAUGGCAGAUUUGCCAUUCUGAUUCCCAUGAACUUCCUGGACGACAAGGGUUACCGGCUAUCCUACGCUGCAGUAUUUGGCUUGACGGCCUCACUCUGCCUCAAGAUGAUACUGCAGGAAUACCCAGUGCACAUACCGGGACCUUCAUAUGUACAUGUGUUGGUGAAAAUUGCCACCAUGUUGCUGUACGGGUUUGCCCUAUACCCUCUCCUUGCGGGGCUGACCAUGGGGACAGUCUUGAGCCUGGGGCUUUCCACGCUCUAUAUCUGGAUGUUCUUCAUCGUCAACAUGAUACACCUGACUGAUUGCUCCGACGACUGGCCUUGGCAAUUCUUUAUGGAGACCGUGUUCAUGCAGGCUUGCCCUGAAAUCUUGUGCUCCUUCUUCCUGUCCAUAAUGAUUCCGUGUAGAUUCGUCCAGAAACUCAUCAAGAGGAUCAAGAAAGAAAACAGGGAAGAGACACAAGAAUUUUUUGAAGAUUCCUAUCAAGCCAAGUAUGUGAGGGCGCUCUUCAAGAAGAAACCCAAGUGGGUCGACGAUGGCGCGCCAAAGCCAAAACUAAAACACAAACUCAUCAAUAAGGUGAAGGCGAUGACUUACACGAAAGUCGCUGGGUUCCGCUACUCUCCACGAAUCAUUGCGACCUAUACGGCCGGGGUAAUUCUUCUAUACUUGAUUGCGGUAUACACUGGCACGAACCUCUUGAGAUAUAUCGAGUCUGUUCUAGGCCCCCUCAACAAACUCAUCGAACCUAAUAAAAAGUCACUGAUGGAGGUCUACGCAAACCAUUCGUUUGGAGUCAGUGCCAUCGAUGAUUUGGUCAUCGUUCAUCAUUGGAUCUGGACUGGAAAAUUCUGUGUCUGCUUGGCACUGUCCCUCGCGUGCUUCAUUGGUGUAGUGCAGAUUGCCCUUGGAUUCAGAGCCUACAGGGACGAUAUUCUUUCUGCCUGGAGUGGGGACUCCUCGCGAGUUGGUAAGCGAAGAGGCUACCCGUCGCUUACGGUUGGAUUCGUGCGCUACUCUGGCUAUCAAGUAGCCUACAUAUUUUGGGCGUUCGUGCUCCAGUUUGCUUUCUUAGCGGUUCUGUUUGCGGGCCUUUCCUACAUUAUCUUUAUUCCAAUGAUCUACAGCAAAGCAAUGUGGUUUCUGCACAUCCUACGCAGCUACUGGCCAAUUAUUGCCAUCAGUUUGGGUGUCAACAUCGCCUCCAAAAUCGCCGCCAUAUUUGUGUUUCUCCAGAAAAGAGGAAAGGUAUUUGCCCUCAACAACAGACGACUACUCUUCUGUGUCAUGUACUUCCUCUUCUUCUAUAACGUCUUCGUCGGGUUGUUCUCCUGUCUUAUGCGUAUGAUCAAAUCCAUCCUGUUUGGUCUGUUCUUCCUGAGCCGACUUGACUGUAGCACUCUGCCGAGGCUGUUCGAAAAGAUGGACCCAGGUUUCAAGGCAUACGUUGGCCUCAUCCAUGUAGAGAAUGCUCAUACCAAUCCAGUUCUUAUGACCUUUGUCAACAUGGUGAAAGAGGAGAUCCAAGGGAAGAGAGACACUGUGAAGAAAGAGGAAGAGGAGUUCAGAGACUCUUAUAAGAAGAUCGGCCAAACUGACAACGUGAAUAAAGGCCUAGCUAAUGAAAAGCUUAAGGACAGUAUGGAAAAGCUGAAAGAUGCUGAACAAAAAGAGGUGGAGAAGGCAAUGAUGAGGCGACGGAGGGCAAUGAGGGCCCAGUGGUUUCUUGCCUACACAUUGCUCAACAACCUCCCCCUGAGGGCAACCAGGAAGCACUACAUUGAUGCUGAGAAGGAGAGGAUAGAGAGGCGGUUCCGAAAGGACAGGCAGGAAGGGGAUGAAGAUGAAGAUGAAGAUAUGAAGAAAGGGGAUGAAGAUGCGAUAGAACUUGAGGAGGUUGAGGUUAACGUGAAUGGGGACACACAAAAGGAUAAGAGUGAUCUCGCCAUUGGAGAUAUCGCGGUCUAAGAUAUCGAAGUGAGAUGAUAUUAGUGGAAAGUCGAUAGCACAUGUUACUCAGACGCUAACAGUCAACGAAUGGAUAUCCGAAUGUUAGGAUGUAUCAUCUUCAAGAACGUGUCCAAGAACUUAUAACGCGAAUGGGGACCCACCAAAGGAUAAGCGUGGACUCGCCAUUGGAGAUAUCGUGGUCUAAGAUAUCGAAGCGAGAUGCUAUUAGUGGAAAGUCGAUAGCACAUGUUACUCAGAGGCUAACAGUCAACGAAUGGAUAUCUGAAUGUUAGGAUGUAUCAUCUUCAAGAAGCUGUCCAAGAACAAAAACUCAGAAUUGAGAAAUAUCUUAAUGCGUAAAACUGUGUCCAUGAACAAAUACCCAAAUUUUAGGAUAUAUCUUAAUCUGCAAGAAGGUGUACAUGUACAUGAGCAGACGUCUAUAUAUUGGGAUCCAUCUUAAUAGGCAGAUGUGCACCUAAGGUUGAUAAUUGUGUGCAUAUACCUAUUUACCAUUUAAAGCCCGUAUUUUAAAUUUCCUUAAUAUUACAUUGUAAUGGUGUUAUGAUCUUGUAUAUGUAGCUGUCAUUUGUGUAACCACCACUUUUUGGCAAACCGAGGCUUGUCCCAAGGAUAUCAUAGGCCCUCUUAUUCUAAUUUCAAUGUGUAUAAUAUAUAGGAUGGGACAGGUUCAGUCAAAUCAUCUUGCCAUAUGUUGUUUACUUUAUAUUCUGUGUAAAUUUGUAUUGAGUGAAAUAUUCAUUGUAGAAUAUUUUUGUAUUGUUGAGCUGUAAAACACACGUAUACACAUCAUAACUUUUCUAGGCAUAAAUAUAUCAAAGCUUAUU